AUGGAAGCGAACAGAGGCACCAAGCGCAAGGCGCCACCACUAUCAGCGGCAGCAGGCCCGGCAGCACACGAGACGCUGGCCAAGGCGCGGUCGGUCGACGUCACCGGGUUCGUCGAGGCGCGCGCGUUCGAGAUCAACGCGCUGCAGCGGUCGCUGGACGGCGCGCGCACAGCCGGCAACGCGCGCGCAUUCCAGACGCUGGCGCGGCAUCUGCGGCGCAGGGCAGCCAGCCACAACGUCAAGCGCGUGCCGGCGCGGCUGCGGGCGCGGGCAGAGGAGGAGAUGCGCAAGUCGGCGGCCGGCAACGACUCGGCAAAGCCGCCCAAGCCCAAGCCCGCCACAGCGCACAGCCGCUACAAGCGCCGGCGCACGCGCGCCGUUCGCGACGAGUACGCGCUGCGGCAGACCGGCGCGCGGUGGCUCGAGACGCACGUGUGGCACGCCAAGCGCAUGCGCAUGGAGCGCGCGUGGGGCACAGUGGUGGCGGCGACGCCGAACGAGCGCAGCCACCGCGCCGCGUACCGCGCAGCCAAGGAGCGGUGCUACGCGCACGACGCGUCACGCCAUUCUGCAGGCGCUGGCGCCGCUGGUUGCGCCCGGCGCGCUGACCCCGGCCGCCCGCGCUACGCCGACGGCGCGCGCCUGGCGCCGCUGGCCCUGCACCGCGCCCACAUGUUCCCGCGCGCCGCGCUCGGCCCGGCGUCGGCGCUGUGGAUGCCGGCCGGCGCCGCCGCGCCGCGCACGCUGUGGCUGCGCACGCACCCGGCCAUUGCCGACGCCGUGCGCGCCGAGCUGGGCGCCGCAGCCGGGCUGGCCGUGGCCGACGUCACGUGCGACCUCGUGUCGUUCGAGCUGCUGGGGGCCGCCAGCACGCGGCUGCUGGCCGCCGUGCUGGCGCACGCGCACACGCCGAGCGCCGGGGCGGCGGCGCUGCGGGCGGCGCGCUGCGUGCCCGCGCCCGACGCGCUGCCCGAGGGCGCGGUUCUCGCGCUGCGCAUCCACGACCCGCGGCUGGGCUUCCCGCCGCGGCCCGAUCCGACGGGCGGCGCAGGCCACGCCGGGUCGGACCACGGCGCGCCGGACGACGAGGUGCUGCGCGCGUGGCCCGGCGCGGGCGCGUCGCAGCUGCCAGGCGGCGACGGCGGCGUCUUUGACCGCGCGCGGUGCGCGGCCGAUGUGGCGCGGCGGCAGUCGGAGCAUGCGCUCAACCAGCGGCGGCGCGCGCAGCUGGUGCCGGGCACGCGGCUGGCGCCGGGCGCCGACGACGUCAGCGUGCCGCUGCUGCUGAUCCGCACGGGCCCCGAGGCCGCGCUCGGGUCGCGCGUCGGCGCCUUCGACGCGCGCUUUGUCGGCGCCAUGGCGCACGGGUGGACGCUGGUGGCGCCGCGCGGCUGGGGAAUGGCGCUGUGGAUGCCGCUGAUCUUUGCCGGCGCGCGCGCCCAGGGCCAGUGCGAGCGCCUGCACGUGAGCCUCGAGGCCGGGCUGCCCGCCUUCCCGCGCGACUGGCCGGGCACGGCCGCGUACGACGCGGCCGCCGCUGCCGCCGGCGCCGACGCGCUGCUGCGCUGGCAGCGCCGCCCACCCGGGAAGCGCGCCAACUACGCGCACGCCGGCAUCGAGUCGCCGUUCUUCGCGCCGCUCCACCGCCUGCUGGGCAUGCCGGCCGCGCCCGCCGGGUACCCGCAGCCGGGCCCGGCGGGGCUGGAGUGCCGCAUGCGGCGGCUGAAGAAGACGAAGCCAAAGCCCGCGGCGGCCGACCCUGGCCGGGCGGCUGGUCCUGGCCAGGCUGCCGAGCUUGACCAGCCCGCCGAGCUUGCCCGGCCCGCCGACUCCGCCGACAUCUGGCUGGUCACCGGCGAGCGGCUGGCGGCUGCCUGGGCCGCGCCGCUUCUCGCCGCCGUCCGCGCCGAUGGCGCCGAUCAGCCCGAUGGCGCCGACGCUCUGCUCCAGCGCUGCCUUGUGCGCGUCCGCCUCGUGUGCACGGCGCGCGGCGUGCCCGCCAACAACGCGCCCGUGUGCCUCCCGGCCUCGGCCGCCGACCCCAUCGGGUAUGUCAUCGCCGGCUCGUUCUCGCUGGCUCGCGGCUGCGGCAUGGCGCUCGCCGCCUGCUCACUACGCGGCCUGUUCGCCCUCUGCCGCGACUCGCCGCCACAAGCCCAUCGGACCGUUUCCAUCCGCGCCAUGGACGGGGGCCCCGCCUGCGAGGCUGCGCUAACCGUCCUCCCGCCCAACGAGAAGGAAAAUAGCUCCUGCGGCAGCCCCGCUAUGCGUGUGCUUGCGAGCCAGGCCAACGAUGACGGGCAGGCAGGCAUGAAUGCAGCAGCGCCAUGGUUUUAUAGCCGCCUAUAG